CAAAAACCCGAAAAUGUAUUAAAGAGUUAACGUUUAACGCGUGUGAAGAUCGUUUACUUUUAAAAAUGAAUAAAUUAUAUUUUAUAUUAAUAGCUAUAGUUGUAUUGCAGGGUUCGCAGGCUAUAGAUUUGAUAGGGGCUUUGAACGUGAAUCUUCGUGGACAAUUGGAAGCUUAUGAAAGAUUCCUGAGCACGUUGAAUGAGCAUCAGCACAAAGAUGACUUAAAGAAAUUGAUACAAUUGACCGAAGAUGCUUUAAAACUUAACGAUUUUGAGGAGAAAGAAAAAGCUAUUACUAGCAUGCCGACUCACUUUAAUCAGGAGUUUAAUGAAUGGAUUUCGAAGAAAUUGGAAGAGGCUCAAGUAGAUGGCGACAUUGAAAAUGCUAUGGCUUUCUAUAACUCUCUGCUUACCGAGCAUAAUUCCUACGAAGAUGACAUUAAGAAAACUCUAAGCAUAUUGGAGGAGAUACAUCGAGUUGCUGAUUUAAAGGAUAAAGUGGAAAGAUUCAUUAAUCUAUCUAAAGACUUUAGCGAUAGUUUCGACAAAUUUCUAAAAGAAAGUUCUCUACCAAAUGUAAACACGCGUUUACAGAAGACUAUAGAAUUUUUCGCUAAUGUAUUAAAGGAUGAGAGUGUGCCAUUUAAAAAAGAAAUCUUAGAAUUGAAGGCGAAAUGUGAGAAAGCUUUGAACUCUGAUAAAUCAUUGGAAGACAAACAAAAAGUUUUACAUGAAGUGACAUAUACCGACAAUCAAGAAUUAAAUGAUUUUUUGCAAAAGAAAAACCUUGAAUACGAUUAAGCACAAAUUAAUUUCUAUUAAAUGAAAUCAAAAAUAAUAUGUCAAACGAAUAUCUUAACCUUUACUUCAUAUUUUAAUCAUAGUUUAUUUCAAGUUAAACUGUUUUUUUUGCUCAUCAAAGCAAAAAACAAAAACUUGUUGAAGCUUUUACAUACUCUACGACUGCAUGCAAUAUGAAAAAGCAAUGACAAAAACUUAAGUUUUAGAUAAACUUUGCUUUGGUUUAAAUGUAUUUUAGAAAUGACUUGUGUAAAAUCACAGCAAACAAUUGCGUGUCAACGCCAUGCCUUGUAGCAACGUAUAUUUCGUAUUAUUGCUAGGAAUUAUUUAACACGACGAUUAAGGUACAUAGAAAGAAAUAUUUAGGAAUAAAACAAAAUGUGACGAAUAGCCCAGGGCAUAAAAUAUUAUAAAUGCAAAUAUUAUUUCAAUAUGAAACUGACAAAAAUACAUGGGAAUAGGUGGCAGCUUUCCAUUACAAUGUUUGAAAACCGUCUAGCUGGUGAGCGAUGUGUUUCUGCAAAUCGGUCUUUCAUGAAGUAGAGACUCACAAGACUCAUAAGUCUGGCCCCAGAGUGACAGUCAUUGCUUAUGCUUUGCAUUGCAAAAAUCAUACACUCAGAAUUUUUAAGCAUUAUUUUGCACUAGCGAAGAACGCAGAAUUUUUAAAAGGAAACGAAAUGCUAUCGAUUGUUUCGAAAAAAAUAAU